UGCCGGAGCGGCGGGCGGGAGCGGCGCUGGCGGGGGGGGAAGCAGGCCUGGCGCGGCGUCCCCACCAUGGAGAUCGAGAAGGACUUCCACCGGCUCGACCAGGCCGCCAGCUGGGCCGCCAUCUAUCAGGACAUCAGGCAUGAAGCCAGUGAUUUUCCAUGUAAAGUGGCCAAACAUCCCAGAAACAAAAAUAGAAAUAGGUACAGAGAUGUCAGCCCCUUUGAUCACAGUCGAAUUAAGCUAAACCAAGGUGACAAUGACUAUAUCAAUGCUAGUUUGAUAAAAAUGGAAGAGGCCCAAAGGAGCUACAUCCUUACCCAGGGACCUUUGCCAAAUACUUGUGGUCACUUUUGGGAGAUGGUUUGGGAACAGAAAAGCCGUGGUGUUGUCAUGUUGAACAGAGUGAUGGAAAAGGGAUCCGUAAAGUGUGCACAGUACUGGCCACGGAAGGAGGAGAAAGAAAUGUUUUUUGAAGAUACAAACUUGAAACUAACAUUGAUAUCUGAAGAUAUAAAAUCAUAUUACACAGUACGACAGCUAGAAUUGGAAAACCUUACGGCACAGGAAACUAGAGAGAUUCUGCACUUUCAUUAUACUACGUGGCCUGACUUUGGUGUCCCAGAGUCACCUGCUUCAUUCCUCAAUUUCCUGUUCAAAGUCAGAGAGUCUGGCUCCCUGAACCCCGAGCACGGGCCGGUUGUGGUGCACUGCAGCGCGGGAAUCGGCAGAUCGGGAACUUUCUGUUUGGUGGAUACGUGUCUUCUACUGAUGGACAAACGGAAAGAUCCUUCUUCUGUGGACGUUAAACAGGUUCUCCUGGAAAUGAGGAAGUACAGAAUGGGACUCAUACAGACAGCAGACCAGCUCCGUUUCUCCUACCUAGCUGUUAUUGAAGGGGCAAAAUUCAUCAUGGGAGAUGCUUCAGUGCAAGAACAGUGGAAAGAGCUCUCCAAUGAAGAUCUGGACCCUCCACCUGAACAUACCCCACCACCUCCCAGACCACCAAAGCGAACCUCAGAAAUGCACAAUGGAAGGAUGCACGAACACACAGAAUUCUUUCCUAAACAUCAAGUAGAGGAAGAGGUUACAUGUUCAGUCAGCACUGUGGAAGAGAUGGUUCCAGAUGGCAGAGCUCAUUCAUCUGUACCCCUGAUCACAGACAGCACUAGUCAAGACACUGAAAUUCGGAGGAGAACUGUUGGUGAAAGUCUGCGUGUCUCGUCCUACAAAGAAGAGUCGAUGAAGUCAGAAAACUCAGAAGAGGAUGAUGAGAACAUGGUGACAACUUGGAAGCCAUUUCUAGUGAAUAUAUGCAUGUUCACUUUCCUCACAGCAGGAGCUUAUCUCUGUUACAGAGUGUGUUUUCAUUGAUGGACGUGCUAGCAAGAUCGACCCUGCAGAAAACACCAACGACUCGAUGGGUUUGUAACAAGCUCUGAAAGAAAGCUGAGGCACGUGAGCCUUGUCUCACUGGAGGUAGAUCUUAGGUUGACAGGCCAGAACUUUGGUUAGGGCUUCAAGAGAGAAUUGAUGCACUAGGGUUUUAUCUAGCCCUGUGGUCCCAAGAACAUAAUAUUCUAAUCUCAGGGCCUUAAAAUAUUCAGGAGUAAGCAGAGAAAAUGCCAAAUAGUCUGUUUUCCUUUUUUUUUUUUCUUUCUUUUUUUAAACUAAAUAAUAGAAUUACAACACAUUGUUGUUUUUAGCCUUUUUUUAAAAAGCCAGUUUUUUCUUUUUUUGUUUCAGAAAAACUAGGCAUAAGUGAAACUUGCUUGUAUUCUCCAAGUGUUGUAACCAAAUACAUGACUUCUAUUGAUGAGUUCCCAAAAAAAGAAAAAGAAACCCACACACCUGAAGAAUGUAAACUUUUUGGAAGGGGAGGGCAUUGGGGGAGAGGUGUUUGUGGUUGGUUUUUGGUUUGUUUUUUUAACUUGCAUCAUCAUUAAAGACUGAGUUGUGGGCAGUGCCUGUGGUAUUGAUAUAUUUAAUCUUGGCAUAACUGUUCUUAAAGAGCUUAUUGUUUUACAUGUGUUUAUAGAAACAGGCUUCUGCAUUUGCUCAGGGUAUCCCAACAUGCCAAGCUAUUUUUUUCCUUUUUUUUUUUUUUUAGUAAGUGUAUCUCCUCCAUGACUUUUGUUGCACUCUACUUGCACAUACGCCUAUUUACAUUGCACCAUCCUUUGUAAAGCUGUUUUUACUUUUAUAUUCUGGGUUAGGAGAGGUUAAGGGAAGGGAGAAAAACAGGAAGGGAAAUUAAACGAAAACACAUCCACCAGCAUUUUGCAGCUGUGCAGUUGGCAUUUAGAAGGACCAGUUCUUAAACCUCAUAAUUUGGAAUGUAAAAUGCAGUUUCAUUCUACAUCUGCUCCAUAAGAAAUAACGUGUGUCCUGCAAGGGCCAGACAGGUACCACACUUAGAGACAUUGCAGGCAGUGAACAGGAAUGCAUUUUAAUAAAUCCAGAGCAAUUAAUGCUGUGGUAGCUUCCUUAAGACAUAAAAAGUUCAACAGAAGACAUGUUGAUCUCUGAACGUAUCAGUUGGCUUAUGAUGCAAGUAUUUGUGUUCUGCUUUUUUUAAAGCAAAGAUUUAAAGUAAUGGCUUGAAGAUAAUGCUCUUCAGUAACUGUAGGACAUAGUGGUGCAAUAGGCUCAGUCUUGCACCUCUGCAGACAGGGUUGUUGCUAUCCUAGGGUAAGCUGAGAGGGGUGGUUUUGUCCUGUGGCACGUGGUGUUGCCACUGUCCUGCUCCAUUAGGGCCUGUGCCACAGGCCCAGGGCUUGGAUAACAUGAAGUGCUUGUAAAUAAGGAUUUGGGUGCAUUGGUAGAACUGUGACUGGAAGUUGGCAUUGCACUAAAGAGCCUUAGUCAAUGCUGUUCCUUUUGUUAUUAUCAAAUUAUUAAUAUCUGAACAACUGCAAAGAUAUCUUUGCUUGUGUCAUGGUGCUGAGGAGAAGAGUAAAUUCACUAUUGAAAGUGGUAGUGACUGAAACUAAACCAUGACAGCUGAUUUGCAACAGUGUUACUAAUCAGUUAUUUUUGUUUUUAAAAGCUUUUUAGAUUUAUAGCACUUAACCACCAUUCUCAGUGCAAACAUAGCUAUGGAGUAUCUUACAUAAGUCUCUCUCCACUCCAUAUUUAUUUUUGCAAAGCUGUCUGUAGGUGUAUCUCGUUUUUUUCAGUGAAUAAGUUAGUGAACUGGGGGGGGGUGGUGGUGGGAUUUAUUUCUAUUUUGUGUUUUAUUAAGCUUGCAUCAAGGGCUUUUCAAAAGAACAGUAAUAAAUCCUCAGGUAGUACUGGGAAUCAAUACUUUACCUGUGAGACUGUUGGUCAGACCAGUACUUGAAAGGAGGAAUGUUGUAAUGAGUCACUUAUUUAGUUAUAUUAUUGGAAACAUGAAAAAUGAAUAUAGAAAAAUGGUAAUAUAUAAUGGCUCAUCUGUGUAUUUAAGAUAACAGUAUGUGAUUGCUUUGUCCCCACUAUUCUUUCCAUCAUCUGGUAGAAUAUUGUUGUAAUGCAACAGCUGUACCCCAUUUGUAUUAAAAUGCAUGUAAAGUCUUCUAGUGUCCUGAUUAAAUACCAUGUGCUUGAAAGGGGAAAGAACUUCUCUUUGUGCUUACUGAUGUGCCCAGAUUCCAUUUGCAUGACCUGAUCAUUAAGUGGCUGUGGUUCAGAGGGUGCUGCUGGAAGUAUCUCCGCUCAGCGCUGGACUGACGCGGUGUUCCUCGGGUGACGUGUACUCGCCUGGUCCUUGGCAUGACUUCCUACUGAACUGCUGCGUUCUCUGUGUAACCCGGGUGUUUGGCGUGGUUCAUUUCAGCUGAGUAAGUUCAGUACAGACAUUCCAGAGAGUUCAGGAAGCCCUAUUCACACCUCACCUCUGGCCACCUGAGGCAAGCAAUAGCCAGGGUGUGACUUGCUGUGCCGCCUCCGAAGCUGCUGCUGCCGGAGCUUGGCAGUGCCCUCUGAUCUGCACGAGUACAGGCUCCCAAAGUGGUGGCCCGUUAUAAAAAGAAACAAACCAAAACCACCUGUGACGCACUAUUCCCAAGGGGGAAUAUUAGAAGUUUUAGUCUUUCAAGGAAAGCAAAGCAUCCUUCCUUUGAAUCCAGAACAAUUCUCUUGCAAAUUAUUCGAAAGACAGCUGCUGCAAAUGAUUAAAAAGUUUUGAGCAUCCCCACUUCUGCCUGUGUAUUUGGCCAUUUCUUUCAGCUGUUCUAAAUCCAGAACUUGGGCUCUCCUGGGAUAGGCAGUGGAGGCGUCUGUAAGGCCCAGUGAGGUGUGUGUAAGGCUCAGAAUACUGAACUGUAACCAUUUUUGUUUUGAUGUCCUGUAUAUGUAUGUAGUAGUUUGGGUGUGUAUAUACAGUAGCCUUUCAAAGUGGGUGUAUUGGUUAACCUCUUCUUGGAAAAUGGACAAUAUCCAUGUUAAACUUGUUAGAAAGUUAGUGAGCUGCUCUGCUAUAUGCCUUAAGCAAAUAUUUACUCAUCAGGUCUUUCUUUUUUACAGAUUGCCAUAGAAUAAACUUUUUGUAAGAAAAUAAAAAACCAAAAAAGCUAAAUGUUUGGGUAUGAUGCAUUUUCAGGUAUCUUGUCUUUUGUGUAAGCCGCUGCAAAGACCUCACAGGUUAUAGUCAAAUUGUACAGUUUUUCAAUUUCCCAUACCAGUUUUCAGUUCUCCUUUUAGUUGUAACAAUAAAAUGCUGUUUUUUAAAGAA